CUACGGGAAAAGGAAAAAAAAAGAUCUGAAAAAUCUCAGAUUCUGGAAGAAAAAACAAAGGAAACAGGAAUGAGAAGGGGGAAUAAGGAAAAUAAAUCAAAUUGGAAUAUUUUGGCAGAGAUUUUCCUUUUGGAUCUGUUCUAAACGAGAAGACUUCUGUUUGGGAAAAGAAAAAGUUACAAAAAUCUCGGAUUUUCACCGUCGUUUUUCGUCUCUGGUUUUCAUCGUUUUCCAGAGGGAGGGAGAGAGAGGGGAAAUCCGUUUCUGUAUAUGAGAGACACAAUCUACCUGUGAUUUUUUCCUUUUUGUUUGAUCAUUGUCUUCACCGUUUCUUCGCAAACUCACACGAUUUGCCUGUGAAUUUUUCGAAGAAAAAAGACAAAAAAAGUUUCUCUGUGGCUGUUUAUGCGACCCAUGUCACAAACUCAGCAGGAUCAGAGCUCUACUGGGUCGAAUCGAUCUUCCGUGAAAAUCCAAGAUGCCUUUAGGCGGAUAAAGUUAAAUGAAGACGGUGAUGCUCAAUCCAGUCCGUAUCCUGAUCGGCCAGGUGAACGAGAUUGUCCGUUCUAUCUGAGGACAGGGCUGUGUGGUUAUGGAAGCAACUGCCGUUACAAUCACCCUCCUUUUGUUUCUCAGGCUAUCUUUUAUUACAAAGACGAACUCCCUGAGAGAGUUGGACAACCGGACUGUGAGUAUUUUCUGAAGACAGGAACCUGUAAGUAUGGCCCUACGUGUAAAUAUCAUCAUCCGAAGGACAGGAAUGGCGCUGGACCUGUGUUGUUCAAUGUUCUCGGUUUUCCUAUUCGUCAGGGCGAAAAAUCAUGCACAUAUUACCUGCGGACUGGAACGUGCAAAUUCGGAGUUGCUUGCAAAUUCCAUCAUCCUCAGCCUGUUAAUGAACCUUCAGCUGCAUAUGGGUUGUCUAGCUAUUCUUCUGUAGGCUUGCCAUAUCUCGGCGGCGGGUUGACAAUGGUGUCUUUGCCACCUGCAACUUAUGGAUCGGUUCUAAGUAGGCAAGCUCCUCAGGCCUAUGUGCCUGUCAUGGUUUCACCUUCUCAAGGCAUUCUACCUCCUCAAGGCUGGGCCACUUACACUGCUACAUCUAACCCCAUAUACAAUGUGAAAGAUCAACCUGACUCGAGUUCCAGUGCAUCUGUGCCAGUGGCUGUAACCUUGAACCAGAGUUUGCCUGAAAGACAUGACCAACCAGAAUGCCGUUUUUUUAUGAGCAGCGGAACAUGUAGAUAUGGAGAUGACUGCAAAUAUAAUCAUCCCAAAGAAAGGAUUUCACAAUCACCACCAAAUCUCUUAAACCCUGUUGUUCUCCCAUCUAGACCUGGACAACCGGCAUGUGCAAAUUUCAUGGCAUACGGAUCCUGCAAGUUUGGACCAAACUGCAAAUUUGACCACUCUUUGCCGCCAUACCCUUUCAACAUGGCCUUGACCGUGCCUCCUCUACCCUAUGCUUCCCCAGUUUCAACUCAUAUGAGUAUCUCGCCUCAAACUCGUUCUGAUUCACCGGCCCUGUCUGAUGGCAAACCCACCGAGAAGAACCGGAACUCAGAGGCAGUUUCUAAACAGGUGGUCGACUCAGAAGCGCAGUUUUCGUCAGAAAAAACGUCUUGCUCAAUGAUCACCAGCGUCAAAAGCAGCAGCGUGGCCUGAAAUCAUUGAAUCCCCUGCCCGGGUUUCUUGAAAUGUGCAAUGAUCUCUCUGCCCUUUUUGUUGUUUUUGGAAGGAGGGAUUGAAAAAUGAAAACUUUCAUCAUCUUUUGGGACUUUUGGAGUUUUUUUUUCCCUUAGCUGACACGAAUAGGAACUGGAAGAGAAAAGGGUGUUCUGUUGUUU